AUGCUUUCACAGCAGAAUGACUACUAUGAUGAAGAGGAAGAUGAUGAAGAGCAGGAGGACAUUGAUGACAUUAAUGAUGAUGAUGUUCUGGGAUUGGCCGCCACCCGUGUCCAUUCAGACUGCCGCCUCAGCAGGACCCGAUUCAGCUGCCCCAGUUACUGCCUACUCACUUUUCUGCAAGCUGGCCCUUUCCUCUGCCCGAUGGCACUCAAACUCAGCUCCAUCCUCCGUCUUUUUUAUGAUUACCCCACAUUUCCUUUCUUCUCUAUCCCUCACUCUUUUUCUCUCUCUCUCUCUCUCACUCUCUCUCUCUCUCUCACUCUCUCUUUCUCUCUCUCUCUGUUUCCCUCUCUCCCUCUCUCACAAACCCUCUCUCUCGCUUUCUUUCUUAUUUUCUAUCUUUCUUGUCUAUUCUCAUUUCCUGACAGUUCAUGUUUAAUCUUGGCUCUUGAUGAUGAUGAUGAACAUGAUGAUGAUGGCAGCAGCAGCUGUAAUAACGCUCUGGCCACUUUAUCGAUAAUGUGUCAGAGGAUAUCUUAGUGUCGUUAUCGAACACCUCCCAACCGACCAGAAAACCCCAAUUGCAUUUACCCAUUUACCGAAGAGGAGGUUGGAAUGGAGGGAGGGAGGAUGGAGCGGAAGGAGGGAUGAAUAGAGAGAGGAGGAGAGGAGGGAUGGGGGUAUAACUGAUCAAUGGCUAACAGUGAAUUAAGUAAUUGCAUAUUUUGUGUCGAUGCAUAUUACAGCGUGUUUAACAGCAGAGGGCCAUAAUAGCCUGGCUCCAUAUCGCUAUAGUGACCAGAUCAAUACAACACAGAGAGAGAGGGCCUGUCUGCCAGACAAUGUAAUUGGCUAUCAUUAUAACUAUAUGAAAUUGUAGGAGAUUUUUUUCAGAUUUCACCUAAUUUUAACAUUGUCAUAAAGAGCACUUAUAACUUAAUAAAAAACAUGUUUCCCAUCUCAAGAGGUUAUUAAAUAAAAAAUUAAAAUAUAGUAAGAGGGUUGACCGUAACAGGGUUGAUGAUUUCAUCUUCAAUCAGCAAUAAAUCACCUUGUGACAGGGGGAAUGGAAGCUUGUUGUGUGCAACAGGGAGUGACAAUUGAAUGCAAGCUUCAUACAAUUUUUUUUAUUGCUAAAACAUUUCUAGCCAGUCUAUCUACGGAUAACAGGGUUGACGUGUUAUGCUCGACCCGCUCAGAUUUCCACCACAAAACACCAGAAAAUGUUCAAGAAGAGUAGAACCAGCUCAUCUGCUUUUACACCAUGAUUUGACUAUUAGAUGUUCAAUGUUUCUUUAAAACUAUAUUUUAUAAGGAAUAGCUUCGCUCUAUUAAAACAAGAGUUCAAUUCACUUAACAGAGUUGACCUUAAAAUGAGGGACAGAUGUACACUACCGGUCAAAUGUUUUAGAACACCUACUCAUUCAAGGGUUUUUCUUUAUUUUUACUAUUUUCUACAUUGUAGAAUAAUAGUGAAGACAUCAAAACUAUGAAAUAACACAUAUGGAAUCAUGUAGUAACCAAAAAAGUGUUAAGCAAAUCAAAAUAUAUUUUAUAUUUAACAUUCUUCAAAUAGCCACCCUUUGCCUUGAUGACAGCUUUGCACACUCUUGGCAUUCUCUCAACCAGCUUCACCUGGAAUGCUUUUCCAACAGUCUUGAAGGAGUUCCCACAUAUGCUGAGCACUUGUUGGCUGCUUUUCCUUCACUCUGCGGUCCGACUCAUCCCAAAUCAUCUCAAUUUGGUUGAGGUCAGUGGGAUUGUGGAGGCCAGGUCAUCUGAUGCAGCACUCCAUCACUCCUUCUUGGUAAAAUAGCCCUUACACAGCCUGGAGGUGUGUUGGGUCAUUGUCCUGUUGAAAAACAAAUGAUAGUCCCACUAAGCCCAAACCAGAUGAGAUGGCAUAUCGCUGCAGAAUGCUGUGGUAGCCAUGCUGGUUAAGUGUGCCUUGAAUUCUAAAUAAAUCACAGACAGUGUCACCAGCAAAGCACCCCCCACACCAUAACACCUCCUCCUCCAUGCUUUACGGUGUGAAAUACACAUGCAGAGAUCAUCCGUUCACCCACAUCGCGUCUCACAAAGACACGGCGGUUGGAACCAAAAAUCUCCAAUUUGGACUCCAGACCAAAGGACACAUUUCCACCAGUCUAAUGUCCAUUGCUCGUGUUUCUUGGCCCAAGCAAGUCUCUUCUUAUUAUUUGUGUCCUUUAGUAGUGGUUUCUUUGCAGCAAUUCGACCAUGAAGGCCUGAUUCACACAGUAUCCCCUGAACAGUUGAUGUUGAGAUGUGUCUGUUACUUGAACUCUGUGAAGCAUUUAUUUGGGCUGCAAUUUCUGAGGCUGGUAACUCUAAUGAACUUAUCCUCUGCAGCAGUGGUAACUCUGGGUCUUCCAUUCCUGUGGCGGUCCUCAUGAGAGACAGUUUCAUCAUAGCGCUUGAUGGUUUUUGCGACUCACUUGAAGAAACAUUCAAAGUUCUUGAAAUGUUCCGUAUUGACUGACCUUCAUGUCUUAAAGUAAUGAUGGACUGUUGUUUCUCUUUGCUUAUUUGAGUUGUUCGUGCCAUAAUAUGGACUUGGUAUUUUACCAAAUAGGGCUAUCUUCUGUAUACCCCCCCUACCUUGUCACAACACAACUGAUUGGCUCAAACGCAUAAAGAAGGAAAGUAAUUCCACAAAUUAACUUUUAAGAAGGCACACCUGUUAAUUGAAAUGCAUUCCAGUUGACUACCUCAUGAAGCUGGUUGAGAGAAUGCCAAGUGUGGAAAGCUGUCAUCAAUGCAAAGGGUGGCUAUUUGAAGAAUCUCAAAUAUAAAAUAUAUUUUGAUUUGUUUAACACUUUUUUGGUUACUACAUGAUUCCAUAUGUGUUAUUUCAUAGUUUUGAUGUCUUCAUUAUUAUUCUACAAUGUAGAAAAUAGUACAAAUAAAGAAAAACACAAGAAUGAGUAGGUGUUCGAAAACUUUUGACCAGUAGUGUAAAUGAAUCUCAAAUCACAUGAAAUUAAUAAUAAUCUUCAGAAAUGACUUUGUCAAAGCAACAAAAUAACUAGGGCUUGACAAUGAUGGUGAAACUUGGAGACGUUUCUGGAUUUAGUGGGUUGAAAUCUUCCUAGAAGUGACAGGAUUGACUGAGGGACAUGUCAAAAUGCUACAUUUAAAUCCCAGGUGGCUACUGUGGUGACCCCAGGCAGGGACAGCUAAUAUAUAUAAAAUGUAGCCUCCCUCUGUGUCAGAGUACCUGCCAAGAGUUCUGAACCUUUAUGGCACAGCAUGCUGGAUUAACCCCCUGGAACUGGACUCUCUCAAAUGUAGCAUAGCCUAUAACCUUAUUGUAGCUUAAUCCUAAUAUUAGUUUAUAGCAUGAGGCAUUUGUUUAAAGUGUUCGUGCAAUUAUGAUCCAUCUAAUCUCAAGCAUGCCAAAAAUGGAUUUCGCACAUAUAGAUUGGGGAGGGGUGCGAUGCACGUGUCACGAGGCUAAUUAAAUAGUAGGUGGAGGCGUGAGGUGACAGCUGUGGCCCGGUGUGGUCGAUCAGUAGCAGAGGGACUCAGCCAAGAGAGAAGGAAAGGGAGGGGGAUCAAUAAACUGUCUUUCACUCUUUUACUCUCUCUGGUGGGCUGUCUGCAUGAGGCUUGCCCCCGUGCUUAGAACAUUGUUCGGUCCUCGAGCGUGCGAGGGAGCCUGCACGAAUCCCAUUAGACUCUGAAAUUUGGGGGGAAACCAUGACAACAGCAGAGACCGGAGAAAACUGCCAAUAGACUCUGAUGUGAGCGAAGGAGCAUUUUAUUUUUUUUACAAUACAAUUUUAUUUCAAAGCCCUGACUUUUUCUCUGUCAAGUAUGAAAUCCUCGAAGAAGCGCGCGGAGCAGAAUAUCCUGAGAGUUCUAUGGGGAGUGAUGGUCAUGGCCUCGAGCGGUCACGGCGCACGAGUUGUCAGUGGUAAGUUGAUGAUGUAAUAACUUUUAUAGUCCGUUUUUCACAUAUAGGUCUACUUUCAAUGAUCGUAUAAAACAAUUAAGUGUUAUAAAAGAAUAACAUUUGAAUAUUGGUUGUAUUUCUGUUAUCUUCAAGAUAAGAAUAAUCUAAUAACAAUUCCUUUACUUAUGUUUUCAAACAAUAAUGUCAACUCCUAAACUACCAGUAAAAUUUUACCUUUUGUGACUAUGUUAAAGUUAUAAGCCUAUAGCUCAUCAUCACCAUCACCAUCAUCAUCAUCAUCAUCAUCAUCAUCAUCAUCAUCAUCAUCAUCAUCAUCAUUAUAACCACCAUCAUCAUCAUUAGAAUUAGAUGGACAUUUGUGAAUUAAGUUAGGAUUGGAAAAUGUAAAUCAAUCUAUAAGAUUAGGUUAUCUGAGACAAAAAAAAACAUUUUCUCCACAUGGAAUCAUGUUUUCUAUUCCUUCAAUUAGUCACGUCAAAAAUGUAAUUAGAUGUAAACUGCUGCAGUUUUGCUGUUAUUGCAUUGCUACAGUUACAGAUUAUGAGGUGUGUGCUUGCUUUCAUACAUGUGUAUGAAUGUGUGUGAGCCUGUUAGAGUUUGUUUACACUGGGAACUGGAUUUAUUGGUUUUAUUGACUGGUAGUUAUUGGGGAUGUAAAGAUUGAGUCUAUUUACUGUUCCUUCCCUCUGUGACUCUAAAUGUAUGAAUAUCUAUGAUUUACAGCAGACUGCUAUUCUACAUGUGUCAGGGCUGUCAGUGUUAUAGGGCAGGCAGCUGACUUAACACGUUUGCAUUCAAAUCUGUUACAUACUGUGGAGAGAGAGCGAAGCGAGAGAGAGAGAGUCUUAUAGUCAGACAGAUGACAGAUGGAGAGAGUGAGGGGAGAGUGGACAACUUUUAUUUCAUUAGGGGUGAGAUAUGCCCCUCUCUAACCUAAAAUGUCCCUACUGUGUGAUUUAGAUUAAAUCAGCUGCAAAUGGCACAGAGGGGGAGAAGACAAAGAGACAGAGGGAGAAUCAGUGAGAGAGAUGGGUUUAUGUUCCAACAUAGGGAAAGUGCAGAGGAUGAAAAGGGGGGAUGAGGAAGAGGGAUGAAGGAGAGAAACUGAAGAAGAGGUGAAGGUGGGUGAAGGAAGAGCAAAUGAGGCUGUUAGAGGAAAAUAGAUAAGAGAACGUUUGAGGGGAAAAGAGAGCGAAGAACUGAUGAACAUUUGGAUUUGAGAAAUCAGAGCAGAGGAGGCAGGAUAAAGGGAACAAAUUAAUAAAGGAGAGAGAGCGAGAGAGGAAGAAAGAAAGGAAAAUAAUAAAGGGAGAAAGGAAAGACGAUGACGCUUUGGGUUGAAAAUAAUAAUUUUGAGGUGUCCGACCAGGAAGAAGGCAGGAUGGAUGGAGGGAAAGAACGAAGAGAGGAAGAAAGAGAGAAAGGAGGUGAAAAUGCUGAGUGUGUUGGUCGUCUGUGCGCCCCGGUACCAUUACUGGGUUCCAAAGUGAUGAUAGUGCAGAUCUGAUCUAGACCAGGCAGGCAAUAAUUUAAAGUACCUCCUGGCCACACUGCUAAUGUUAUUAUUAGGCCUCUUUAACUGGCUGUGUAUUAAACACUGGUAUUAUUCACUGAUGCACGCAUGCAUACACGCUCACACACACACACACAUUAGCGUAUACACACACACUGUGAGGCUGACCUCUCUGGUUUUUAUGAGUCUGUCCAGAAUCUGGGCCAGAUCCGCCACUUUUCACCCAUUUAACUGCCAUCAUAGAGUACAGCUUUAUAAUGCUGGAGAUUGUGUGCUGCAUGUGUGUGAUUAUAUGUGUGUGUGUACGUGUGUGUGCAUGCUUGUGAAAGUGCAUGUGUCUACUCUGUGUUUGUGGGUGUGUCUACUCUGUUUUUGUGGGUGUGUUACUCUGUGUUUGUGGGUGUGUCUACUCUGCGUUUGUGGGUGUGUCUACUCUGUGUUUGUGGGUGUGUCUAUUCUGUGUUUGUGGGUGUGUCUACUCUGUGUUUGUGGGUGUGUCUACUCUGUGUUUGUGGGUGUGUCCGACAGUAUAGGUACAGUACAGCAUGACUGCUGCUUACUGUAAAUGUCAUAUCAGUUAUGAGUGUGAAAACAUCCAGUAAAAGUGUGUUUGUGAGCGGUAACAAGGCUGUUCUGAAAAUGGGCCUCCAGCCUACAGAGUGAUUAGCAGCCCUGUUACUACAGUCAGUUAGCUAGAGUCACUUCCUGAUUGACAGAGGAUAUUGACCACGCUAGGAAAGUUUGACGGUAAAUUCUAAGGGACUGAGAGGAUGGGAAUGCGAUGACCACAUCCUUUUGGCCGGAAGCCAAAAGUCGUUAAGGGUGUGUGUGUGGGUGGGGGUCGAGGGGUUGUGUACAACUGAUAAGUUCAAUGGAGGUUUGCAUUUGAUUAAGACAAUGAAACCACUUCUUAAGGUCAACAGAGAGUCACUGAGGUGUAGUUCUCCUGAUAUAUGAAAUUCACUAAUAUUAACUGAUUGACUGAUUGAUAAAUUAGUUGUUCAGUGAGGUGGUUGAUUGACAGGUGGGUUGGUUGAUUUGUUGACUGGUUGAUUGACAGGUGGGUUGGUUAAUUUGUUGACUGGUUGAUGGAUGUACUGACCGGCGGAGGGGCUGAUUGGGUGUAGAUACAGUAGUCUGGUGGAUUUACUGAUCACUGAUUAGUUGAUAGAUGGUUUGUCAGAUAGAUGGAGGGAGGGAGGAAAAGACUAACAGCCACGGCCACAGGAAUGAGUAGAGAACAAGGGAGUAACUUGAUUUUGAAACGGUUGUGGAACCAUUGCUUGAUGGCAUUGACUGUAUUACUGGCAUACUGAUCUCAGCAAACAAGAACCGAAAAUCUCACGUAAAUUACUACCAUUUAUGUUACGUAGUCUGUCCACGAGAGAUUCCUGGCAUACAGUAGAUGCCUAAAUUGACUCAUAUUGCAUACAACUGACACAGAUAGAUUUGACAGAAUAGUCCAUUGAUGAAUUUAUCAAUCCUUAUGUAAAAUGGUCUACUUACAAUUAGGGCUGUGAUGGUCAUGGAAUUUUGGAUGACGGUAAGUGGCCAGCCAAAUGACCGCGGUCACUGUAAUAACCAUAUACUUAUUUUUUUAAGAUGCACAUUUUCUGCUCUCAUCUGCUCCUGACUGCAUGUGCUGCCAUAGAAAUAGAAUGAAUAGAAUGGGCGUCCCCAUUCAAGUCAAUAAUGGCAUAAUGAGUGGACUGGUGGCCAUUGCGUGGAGCAGAGCAGGAAGUAAAAGCAGGAAGUAAAAGCAGGAAAUGUACCCAUCAAUAUGCUAUGAUUUGUUGAUUCAACUCAACUAACAUUACAAAAAAUACAUUCCAUUGCAUGUGCCACAUCAGUUAACAUCAUUUGAAUGAACAUUCUGCUGCCUGGUACUCAGCACUCUAUACACUUAAUGAGAGCUCAUGAGCUCAUGAGCUCAUGUUGCGCAACAUUUCUAUAGGCUAUGCAAUUGCGUGAGAAAACAGAGUUUUGAUGUCCUCUAUUAAAAAUAGGAGGAUCACAUCAGCUUUCUAUAGGCUAGGCCUACUAUAUUUAUUUCUCAACUUUCACAUUGCUUCUCUUUACAACAGGAGUAUAACCUACCUGGCUGGCAUGAAAAUAAACCACAGGAAAAGCAUCCUCCAUUCGCUAUUUAAGUGCAAAGAUUACAUGCAUUUUUUCCCCCUGCCCCUGUUUCGAGACAGGUGCAUGAUAGUGGUCCAUUCUAAAUCAAAACUAAUUUCACACAUAUAUUAUUUAGUACAUGUAAAGACAAGAUUAAAUCAAGAGUAGUCUGAUGGGUGACAAUAUUGGCCAAUCACUUGUGAAUGAUAUAAUAUCACUUGUCAAUGAUGCCCAGCUUGUGUGCAGUAAGGAAACAGCGCAUCCCUUUUCCCCCCCGACCUUUUCAAAUCAUAGUCGCACACCUCAGCCCAUAGGCCUAUAUGUUUGGAAAAGGUUUGUAUCACAACUAAAGUGGCCAAAUAACUUCUUAAAAUGAAGCACAUCAACCCGCUUUACAACGGGUGUAGAGCCUAACUGGUUUCAAGUUUGGGGAAGAUCAUUUUCACCAUGAAAAUACACCUUUAUAAGCCUUACAUGCAUAAUCGCAUUUGCGGUCACUUUUGAGAUUGGGGUUUUCCCGCUAAUUUAUUGCAUUUUGGAACAUUUGCGCUUAUAGCCUACUGCUGUGUGCGCAUUGCUGCACUUAUAAUGUGAAGAAAUAGCCUAAUAGUUUAUGAACAUUUUAAGAUAACAUUUCUGAUCUGUUGCAUCAGCCUCAUUGCUUUUAAAAGUUGUUUUGAUGCUAGUGGUUGUAUUAAUUUGGGAUCAAUCGCAUCCCACAACUGUCCCAGACUAUGCUUGGAAUAUUUAUUUCUCGCACAGAAUAGAAUAGGUCAACUUUUGGACUACGGGGGAUAGUAGAUUGACAUAGGCUAGUGCUUUUGCUGUUCGUUAGGCCUACUCAUCUUGUUGGCUGACGAAAAGUAAAUGUGAACAGUUCUUCCAACAUCUUCAAUAUGCGCCUCAGAAUUGGAUAAGGAUGCGCGCAGUUGCGUCCCCAAUGUGUCUGUCUUCACUUGUAGUCUGUGAGAAGGACCCUGAUCACGUGACGGGCAUUGGCUAAUAAGAAUUGAGAUAUCUGAGAGAGCCAUGUGAGUGAGAGGUGCUUCGGAGCUCGCAGCCGGGAGAAGGAAAUUAUAUUUAUUAUAUUCAGCUCAAGGGCACAACAGCCACUGCCCGCAAAAGGCAUGGAUUUUUUUAGGGGGCAUUACGGCCACACAAAGGGGAUGCUCCCGGGAAAUUUGAGGCAUUACCAAGUGCUUGUCAAAUUGUGAAUGAGAGACUGAUGAAGUGUGUGCAGCCUGCGCAAAAAACUAAGCAGCGCUCAUGCCUUUCAUGUUACUUUUUUCAAAUCAUCAUUAGAGUCGCAUCAUGCAGCCUUAGAAUGUAUUAAAAAUCUAAACAUAUAGCCCAAAGUUUGUAUCAGAACUAAAGUUGCAUAAAUAACUCUAAAUUAAGCAUAUAGGAGGACCUGUUUCUUUGUUAACCGCUCAACACAGAAUAGCCGCAUGUGCGCACUCUAUUUUAUUCAGCUAUGUUCAAUUGUAUUCUUCAUACUAUAAAAUAAUAUAAAAUAAUGCCACGGAAUUCUAAGCAAAUCUUGUUUGCUAAAUUAACUAGUGUAGCCCACAGCCAUAUGGCAUAGCCAGAUCAGGGCCUAACAUAAGGACAACUCAGAGUAUGCUAUUCUGUUCAUCUGAAAUAGACAACAUUUUCUUCAUAUCAUGUUUCUUUGGACCUGUCUAAAAUAAAUAAUGGAUUUAUUGUGAUGGUGUAGGCUAUUUUAAAUGGAUUUAUAGAGACCUUUUUUUUAUGUACAGUACCAUUCAGAGGUUUGGACACACCUACUCAUUCAAGGGUUUUUCUUUAUAUUAACUGUUUUCUACAUUGUAGAAUAAUAGUGAAGACAUCAAAACUAUGAAAUAACACAUAUGGAAUCAUGUAGUAACCAAAAAAGUGUUCAACAAAUCAAAAUAUAUUUUAUAUUUGAUUCUUCAAAGUAGCCACCCUUUGCCUUGAUGAAAGCUUGGCACACUCUUGGCAUUCUCUCAACCAGUUUCAUGAGGUAGUCACCUGGAAUGCUUUUCCAACAGUCUUGAAGGAGUUCCCACAUAUGCUGAGCACUUGUUGGCUGCUUUUCCUUCACUCUGCGGUCCAACUCAUCCCAAACCAUCUCAAUUGGGUUGAGGUCGGGUGUUUGUGGAGGCCAUGUCAUCUGAUGCAGCGCUCCAUCACUCUCCUUCUUGGUCAAAUAGCCCUUACACAGCAUGGAGGUGUGUUUUGAGUCAUUGUUCUGUUGAAAAACAAAUGAUAGUGGGACUAAGUGCAAACCAGAUGGGAUGGCAUAUCGCUGCAGAAUGGCCCAAGCAAGUCUCUCUUAUUAUUGGUGUCCUUUAGUAGUGGUUCAUUUGCAGCAAUUCGACCAUGAAGGCCUGAUUCACGCAGUCUCCUCUGAACAGUUGAUGUUGAGAUGUGUCUGUUACUUUAACUCUUUGAAGCAUUUAUUUGGGCUGCAAUCUGAGGUGCAGUUAAUUGCCGAUUUCUGAGGCUGGUAACUCUAAUGAACUUAUCCUCUGUAGCACUUUCCUGUGGCUGUCCUCAUGAGAGCCAGUUUCAUCAUAGCGCUUGAUGUGUUUUUGCGACUGCACUUGAAGAAACGUUCUAAAUUCUUGACAUUUUGCAUAUUGACUGACCAUCAUGUCUUAAAGUAAUGAUGGCCUGUCGUUUCUCUUUGCUUAUUUGAACUGUUCUUGCUAUAAUAUGGACUUGGUCUUUUACCAAAUAGGGCUAUCUUCUGUAUACCAACCCUACCUUGUCACAACACAACUGAUUGGCGCAAACGCAUUAAGAAGGAAAGAAAUUCCACAAAUUAACUUUGAACAAGGCACACCUGUUAAUUGAAAUGCAUUCCAGGUGACUACCUCAUGGAGCUGGUUGAAAGUAUGCUAAGAGUGUGCAAAGCUGUCAUCAGGGCAAAGGGUGGCUACUUUGAAGAAUCUCAAAUAUAAAAUAUAUUUUGAUUUGUUGAACACUUUUUUGGUUCCUACAUGAUACCAUACAGUUGAAGUCGGAAGUUUACAUACACCUUAGCCAAAUACAUUUAAACUCAGUUUUUCACAAUUCCUGACAUUUAAUCCUAGUAAAAAUUCCCUGUUUUAGGUCAGUUAGGAUCACCACUUUAUUUUAAGAAUAUGAAAUGUCAGAAUAAUAGUAGAGAGAAUGAUUUAUUUCAGCUUUUAUUUCUUUCAUCACAUUCCCAGUGGGUCAGAAGUUUACAUACACUCAAUUAGUAUUUGGUAGCAUUGCCUUUAAAUUGUUUAACUUGGGUCAAACGUUUCGGGUAGCCUUCCACAAGCUUCCCACAAUAAGUUGGGUGAAAUUUGGCCCAUUCCUCCUAACAGAGCUGGUGUAACUGAGUCAGGUUUGUAGGCCUCCUUGCUUGCACAUGCUUUUUCAGUUCUGCCCACACAUUUUCUAUAGGAUUGAGGUCAGGGCUUUGUGAUGGCCACUCCAAUACCUUGACUUUGUUGUCCCUAAACCAUUUUGCCACAACUUUGGAAGUGUGCUUGGGGUCAUUGUCCAUUUGGAAGACCCAUUUGCGACCAAGCUUUAACUUCCUGACUGAUAUCUUGAGAUGUUGCUUCAAUAUAUCCACAUAAUUUUCCCCAUGUGCAGUUGCAAACCGUAGUCUGGCUUUUUUAAUGGCAGUUUUGGAGCAGUGGCUUCUUCCUUGCUGAGCGGCCUUUCAGGUUAUGUCGAUAUAGGACUCAUUUCACUGUGGAUAUAGAUACUUUUGUACCUGUUUCCUCCAGCAUCUUCACAAGGUCCUUUGCUGUUGUUCUGGGAUUGAUUUGCACUUUUCGCACCAAAGUACGUUCAUCUCUAGGAGACACAACGCGUCUCCUUCCUGAGCGGUAUGACGGCUGCGUGAUCCCAUGGUGUUUAUACUUGCGUACUAUUGUUUGUACAGAUUAACGCGGUACCGUCAGGCGUUUGGAAAUUGCUCCCAAGGAUUAACCAGACUUCUGCAGGUCUACAAAAAUUUUCGGAGGUCUUGGCUGAUUUCUUUUGAUUUUCCCAUGAUGUCAAGCAAAGAGGCACUGAGUUUGAAGGUAGGCCUUGAAAUACAUCCACAGGUACACCUCCAAUUGACUCGAAUGAUGUCAAUUAGCCUAUCAGAAGCGUCUAAAGCCAUGACAUAAUUUUCUCAAAUUUUCCAAGCUGUUUAAAGGUACAGUCAACUUAGUGUAUGUAAACUUCUGACCCACUGUAAUUGUGAUACAGUGAAUUAUAAGUGAAAUAAUCUGUCUGUAAACAAUUGUUGGAAAAAUUACUUGUGUCAUGCACAAAGUAGAUGUCCUAACCGACUUGCCAAAACUAUAGUUUGUUAACAAGAAAUUUGUGGAGUGGUUGAAAAACGAGUUUUAAUGACUCCAACCUAAGUGUAUGUAAACUUCCGACUUCAACUGUAUGUGUUAUUUCAUAGUUGUAAUGUGUUCACUAUUAUUUUACAAUGUAGGAAAUAGUAAAAAAUUAAGAAAAACCCUUGAAUGAGUAGGUUGCACGGUUAGAAGGUAAUUGUGCCAGCCCUAUUUGCAAUCAAUAGAUAGAUUGAUGACCUCCUGCGCCUCCAGGUCAGACGGUGUGUCAGGGAGGGGAGGAGCAUCCAUGCUAUAAGAUCGCCUACUUCCGAGGCAUGACCAGCCGUGUUGCAUUCUGGGAGGCCAGCCAUACGUGUGAGAUAGACGGAGGGUCGCUGCUGAGCAUAGAGAGCGCUGCAGAGCAGAGCCACAUAGAACACCUGCUACAGGUCAGUGUGUGUUUGCGCGUGUGUGUGUGUCUGUGUGUGUGUGUGUGUGUGACAGUACAAACAACACCAAAAACACCUCCUCAAAGUCCUCCAAUCAUGAACAUGUAAAUAUAUUUCUUAUUUACUUAUAAUAUACUUACAAUAUAUAUAUAUGAUUUCUUACAGGAGCUUCGGACCUCCUCAACAGGAGCGGGGACAGAAACAGGGGUAGGAGCAGGUACCGGUAAUGGAGGAAUAGCAGACGGUGAUUUCUGGAUCGGGCUGAUGAGGACAGAAGGAGAAAGCACACAGGAAAACGGCGGCUUCGCCUCCUGUCCUGACCUCUACCGCUGGACCGACGGGAGUGUGUCCCAGUUCAGGUGUGUAUGUUUCACACAGCAACUGGUACUUUGGUGAGGCGUGUGUGUAUGUCUUUGUUUUAAUUUGUAUGUGUGUAUUAUUGUGUGUGUGUGUGUGUUAGGAACUGGUAUUUUGACGAGCCGUCGUGCGGAGGGGAGGCGUGUGUAGUGAUGUACCACCAGCCUACAGCUCUACACGGGCUGGGCGGGGCCUACAUGUACCAGUGGAACGAUGACAGGUGCAACAUGAAGCACAACUUCAUCUGCAAGUACGAACCAGGUACGAAGCAUCACACAGGUACGCAAACGUCACGGCAGAUAAGAUGAGUUCUGUGUGUUUUGUGUAGUGUUCUAUAUACGUUUCCCUUUUUAAAGUGUUUUAAAUAUAUUUUUUAUGAUUAUUUAUUUUUUACCCCCCGUUUUCUCCCAACUUCGUGAUAUCCACAUUUUGUUUUAGCCUGGUACAACAUUACACUAACAGAAAUGCAUAUCAGUUUUGUUUAAUCAAGUUUUUUCUGAUUCUGAUGUUGAUCCAGAGAGCCGUCUGGUGAAGGAGCAGGGGGACAGGCCUGGAGCUCGUGACCCAGGUGAGUAGGAACACACUGGGGCAUACCCCAGCCACAUCAUCUCCUCUCCUGGAGGUCAGCUUGGUUGACUGCAUGAGGGUAUCAGUUAGUAUAUCCCUUUUUGCUUUAGUAUCUUUGUCUGCCUGUCCCAGAUGUGACGGUGGUGCAGACAGAUGAGGUCAAACAAUCCGGACCCAGUGAGGACGACGCCCCACACGUAGUCAUAGCUGGAUCCUCAGGUGAGAGGUGGAGGUGAGACAGGUGGAGGUGAGACAGGAGGAGGGAGACAGGUAGAGGUGAGACAGGGAGGUGAGACAGUUAAAUGGUAUGGCAGGACUCCAGAAGGUGAGACGUGGAGUAGCGAUGAUAUGGAAGGUAUGAGUGUAAUUACUAAAUAGAGUGUAAUUACUGAAAUAGCCAGUCUGGUGCUCCAUCUCUGCUCUAUCCUCCUUCUGCAGGUAUGCUGCUGGUCUAUGUAAUCAUCCCCACCAUCCCUCUGCUGCUGCUCAUCCUGGUGGCUUCUGGGACUUGCUGUUUCCAGAUGUUUAGUAAGAGGUGAGACAAGGCACACCACUGCAACAACAAAAACUACAACUCCCUAUGGUACAACACAACUGAACACACUAAGUCCCCAGAGUCCCCAGGACUGCCUUACUGAUAACAACUUCACUAAAAUAUAAAUCUAUGAUACUCAUACAAACCAAUCAUAUAAUAUUCUCUAAUAUACUCCUCUUUCUCUCAUUUUCAAUCACACAUACACUCCCAUCAACUCUCUUUUUAAAAUUCCUUUAAUUGGCAUACUCAAAAAUGAAUCAGAGAAACAGCUCAAUCUCUGAACCCCCCCCCCCCCCCCUAAUGGAUGGGUCCAAUCUCCCGUCCCUGUGCUGUGAUGGAUGGGUCUGGGCUGUAAUUGUUUGGUAAGAACAGUGCUUACUCAGUCAUAAUCACUGGAAUAACGCAGGGACGCCUUGUUAGCAAAGAGUAAUUUAGCAUAACAGCGCUGGCCACUGGCUCAGUCCGCUGUCAUUAAUUAUUAUUGUGAGUGUGUGUAGGCAGUGUGUGUGUUACCCUACUCUGGCAACAGAUAGGAUAACGAAGUCUGUGAUUUCUGGGUCGAUAGCUGGACCCCUUGAUGGCAUUCUCACAAUAACCAAAGUGCAACUCCAGCUCAUUGUAUAAAGCCAAACCAACCCCCCUACCCCGGUACUGUGACUUUAUAUUUCUUACAGUGCAUUCAGAAAGUAUUCAGACCCCUUAACUUUUUCCACUUUGUAACGUUACAGCCUUAUUCUAAAAUGGAUUAAAUAAUGUUGUUUCCCUCAUCAAUCUACACGCAAUACCCCAUAAUGACAAAGUGAAAUUUUAGCUAAUUUAUUAAAAAUAAAAAACAGAAAUACCUUAUUUACAUAAGUAUUCAGACCCUUUAAUAUGAGACUCAAAAUUUAGCUCAGGUGCAUCCUGUUUCCAUUGAUCAUCCUUGAGAUGUUUCUACAACUUGUUUGGAGUCCACCUGUGGUACAUGCAUUUGAUUAGAAAUCAUUUGGAAAGGCACACACCAGUCUAUGUAAGGUCCCACAGUUGACAGUGCAUGUCAGAGCAAAAACCAAGCCAUGAGGUCGAAGGAAUUGUCCGUAGGGGUCCGAGACAGGAUUGUGUCGAGGCACAGAUCUGGUGAAGGGUACCAAAACAUGUCUGUAAAAUUGAACGUCCCCAAGAACACAUUGGCCUCCAUUAUUCUUAAAUGGAAGAAGUUUGGAACCACCAAGACUCUUCCUAGAGCUGGCCGCCCGGCCAAACUGAGCAAUCGGGGGAGAAGGGCCUUGGUCAGGGAGGUGACCAAGAACCCAUUGGUCACUCUGACAGAGUUCCAGAGUUCCUCUGUGGAGGUGGGAGACACUUCCAGAAGGACAACCAUCUCUGCAACACUCCACCAAUCAGGCCUUUAUGGUAGAGUGGCCAGACAGAAGCCACUCCUCAGUAAAAGGCACAUGACAGCCCGCUUGGAGUUUACCAAAAGGCACCUAAAGACUCUCAGACCAUGAGAAACAAGAUUCUCUGGUCUGAUGAAACCAAGAUUGAACUCUUUGGCCUGAAUGCCAAGCGUCAUGUCUGGAGGAAACCUGACACCAUCCCUACGGUGAAGCAUGGUGGUGGCAGCAUCAUGCUGUAGGGAUGUUUUUCAGUGGCAGGGACUGGGAGUCGAGGGAAAAAUGAACGGAGCAAAGUACAGAGAGAUCCUUGAUGAAAACCUGCUCCAGAGUGCUCAGAACCUCAGACUGGGGUGAAGGUUCACCUUCCAACAGGACAACAACCCUAAACACACAGCCUUGACAACACAGGACUGGCUUUGGGACAAGUCUCUGAAUGUCCUUGAGUGGCCCAGCCAGAACCCGGACUUGAACCCGAUCGAAGAUCUCUGGAAAGUCCUGAAAAUAGCUGUGCAGCAAUGCUCCCCAUCCAACCUGACAGAGCUUGAGAGGAUCUGCAGAGAAGAAUGGGAGAAACUCCCCAAAUACAGGUGUGCCAAGCUUGUAGUCGCUGCCAAAGGUCCUUCAACAAAGUACUGAGUAAAGGGUCUGAAUACUUAUGUAAAUGUGAUAUUUCCGUUUUUGUAUUGUUUAUUUCUUUCAAAAAUGUCUACUAACAUGUUUUUUCCUUAUCAUUAUGGGGUAUUGUGUGUCGAUUGAUGAGGGGGAAAAAAACAAUUUAAUCAAUUUUAGAACAAGGCUGUAACGUAACAAAAUGUGGAAAAAGUCAAGGGGUCUGAACACUUUCCGAAUGCACUGUAUAUACACACACUCCCAACUCUCCUCUGUCUUGAUUGGGCAGCAACUUUGUUUGUUUUAUUUAUCCAGUUUAGUAUCGCCGUCCGUCUGAGUGAUGUGUAUUUAACAGUGGUGUAAAGUACUUAAGUAAAAGUACUUAAAGUACUACUUCAGUCAUUUUUUGGGGUAUCUAUACUUUACUAUUUAUAUUUUUGCCAACUUUCUUUUUACUUCAUUACGUCCAAAAGUUUUGUGUUUUUUUUACACCCAAAAGUACUUGUUACGUUCUGAAUGCUUAGCAGGACAGGAAAAUUGUCUAAUUCACACACUUAUCAAGAGAACAUCCUUGGUGAUCCCUAUUGCCUCUGAUCUUGCGGACUCACUAAACACAAAUACUUGUAAAUUAUGUCUGGCUAUCCGUAAAUUAAAACAAGAAAAUGGUGCCAUCUGGUUUGCUUAAUAUAAGGAAUUUGAAAUGAUUUAUAAUUUUACUUUUGAUACUUAAGUAUAUUUAAACCAAAUACUUUUAGAAAUUUUUUCAAGUAGUAUUUUACUGUAGCUCAAUUGGUAGAGCAUGGCGCUUGUAACGCCAGGGUAGUGGGUUCGAUCCCUGGGACCACCCAUAUGUAAAAAUGUAUGCACGCAUGACUGUAAGUCUCUUUGGAUAAAUGCGUCUGCUAAAUGGCAUAUUAUUAUUAUUAGUAUUUUACUGGGUGACUUUCACUUUUACUUGAGUCAUUUUCUAUUUAGGUAUCUUUACUUUUACUCAAGUAUGGCAAUUGGGUACUUUUUCCAUCACUGGUUUUUAACAUAUUUCCGAUAGCUGGGGAACUGAGGGGGCGUCCCCAGACAGAGACCAGUUAAUCACGCCUCUGACUCCCACCUGCCACAGUAAAAUGCUUCCUGGAAUGCACCCAAAUCCCUAAUGCGGCUAGAAGGGAUCGAGCUUUUGUCAAAUUAAUGUCAAAAGUUGAAAUGUUUUGCAUUUAACCUAAUUCUCCUAACCUGCUACAUUAAUUAUCCUAACCUGCUACGUUAAUUCUCCUAACCUGCUUUGUAAAUGUUCCUAACCUGUACGAAAAGUCAAAUCUGACGUUCAUUUGACAAAAGUUUGAUCCCUUCUAACCAUGACCCUAACGCGUGCGAGGUCCCUCCUUUACAACAGGCGACACACUUGAAUUUACAACACGACAAACGCGAUCUGAGGAAAUAUGAGUUAUGAGGUGUUAUGACAGGCAAGGAGCCAGAGUUUGUAUCACUGCGUAUGGCUGGCACAGAAGUGUUUGUGUGAGCAACGGCUGUCGUGUUUUACAUUUGCACACACACACGCAACCACACACGUAAACGCACACACAGUUUUGUUUUACGAUUCAUCUGUGGUUACUAUUCUAAUUUAGUUUUGUUCUACUAUUGUUCAUUUCGUUUUCACUGUUUUUAUUUCAUAAAGCAAACCAAUGACCAAAACCAGUGUUAACCACCAAUCAACGCUCUGGAUCUCCAAGACACCCAAGACGGACAGCAUGGAAGUGUGA